AUGAGCUUGCAUAGCGGAACACCUAUACCCAGUAAUAAACGUCUUUCAAGACUUUCAGAGCGUCUUGGAAGUCUCUCUUUCACCCCAGAACCUGAAAAAACAACACGAGUUGACGAUCUCGAAAGAAGGUACCAAUAUAUUGAAGAUAACAUGCUCGAAAUUUUAGAAACCAAUUCCCGUAAAUUUCAAACAAUAAAAGAGCAGUGCUCAAAGCUCCAAAAGCAGCUUGAAGAUGAAAUAGCUGUGCGUGAUGUCCUAUUCCAAGAACAGUCACAAAGCCUAGACUUAACACAAGAAGAGCUUGAAUCCAUGCUCCAAAUUGAAAUUGAAGCGAGAAAAGAAACAGACCAAAAAAUGCUGAGAUAUUUAGAAGAAAACGCUUCGAGACUAAGAAGCGAAAUAAUGAGUGAAACACGUACUAGAGUUGCUAUUUUUGAUGAAAUAAAAUCACAGGCACAAGAUGAGAUCCCUGUUUUAGAAGAAUCGCUGAGAAAUGAGAAAUUGGCAAGAGAAAGUAUUGAGCAAGGUAUUGAAACGGAACUAGGAGAAGGAAUAGAAAAAGCGGAGAUUGAAAUUAAUAAUGAGAAAAAGACGAGAGAAGAAACAGAAGAAGCUUUGUUAAGCAUGCUUACUUCCUACCUUCGCCAGUUAGCAAAAUACUAGAAAUCCUGCUUUUUGCAGAGAGCAAAAAUUAUUGUAAUAUAAAUUUUUUUAUAUAAUAUUUUAUUAUAAUAAACCUAAUUAAACAACAUCUUUACUUUGCAUGACUUUUUAAUAUAAAUUUUUUUUAAAAAAAAUAGAAUCACCAUCAAUCAAAAAAAUAAUUUGCUCAUUCAAGAAUAGCGGAGGUAGAGAUGUGGUAGCAAGGAUGAGAAGUGAGUUGGAACUGGAAAGAAAAGAAAGAGAAGCCACAGAAGAAAAUUUGUUAGCAUUACUGGAAGAGACCUGCUCAAAAUUAAGCACAAUAGCAAAAAUUUAA